GAUCUGGGUUCCACCAGGGAUGGGAGAUCCCAACAAAUACACCAUUGGAUGGAUUUGCGCCAUCACUACAGAAUAUGUUGCCGCAAAAGCCUUUCUGGACAAAGAGCAUGAAAGCCUGGAGUAUGGAUCUGUCAACGAUAACAACAUUUACACACUGGGUGAGAUGGGGAAGCACAACGUGGUGAUCGCUCAGCUGCCAAAGGGGGGGUAUGGGAUCGCGGCUGCAGCCAGUGUCGCACGAGAUAUGGUACGCACCUUUCCCAACAUCAGGAUCGGCCUUAUGGUCGGCAUCGGUGGUGCACCUAGUAAAAAGCAUGAUAUCCGACUCGGCGAUGUUGUGGUGAGCGCACCCAAAAAUGGAAAGGGCGGUCUAUUUCAGUAUGAUUUUGGGAAAACAAUACAAGAUCAGGAAUUCCGAACCACAGGUUUCUUAGACCAACCUCCUGGCCUGCUUCGUGCCGCAAUGGGUGGCAUUGAAGCUGAGUAUGAAGUGGAAGGCCAUCAGCUUGAUGAAACUAUUAAUACCGUGCUUGAGAAGCGGCCAAGACUGCAGAGAAAGUACAAGCAACCAGAUUUCAGUAGUGAUCGAUUAUAUCAAUCACACAUUGUGCAUCCUCCCAAUGACGAAAGGAGUUGUGCAGUAGUGUGUGGAGAUGACGAAUCGAAGUUGAUCGUGCGGCCUGACCAAAGUGACGAAGAGGAUAACCCAGCGAUCCAUUAUGGCUUGAUUGCGUCUGCGAACCAGCUGAUGAGAAAUGCCUUGGUUCGAGACAGGCUUUCUGCUGAGAAUGAUGUUCUCUACUUCGAAAUGGAAGCUGCAGGACUGAUGAACUAUUUCCCGUGUGUUGUUAUACGUUAUACGGGGUAUCUGCGACUACUCCGACUCACAAGAAUAAAGAAUGGCAAGGAUAUGCUGCAGUGGCUGCAGCUGCCUACACUAAAGACCUCCUCUCUCGCAUUCCGCCAAAUAAGGUUGAAGUGGAUAAGAGGAUCAGUGAUGUACUUUCUUCGGUGUGGCUAUGCUCUUUACCACCAUUUGCGCCAGCUCUUGGUCAAGAUUCCGUCCCUGGUCGCUCACAUUGAAAUGGUAAUUGAUGCCGAUCCCAAUAUAUCUGACAAAUCGAUAGGGGAGCAGUUUGAGAAGCUGAUCUAUCUACCUCUAUCCCAGGUUUGGGAUCAUCUCUCCCAAGCCCCGAAACUCAUUAUAGUGAUUGAUGCCUUGGAUGAAUGUGCGCAGGAUGGAGACAAUCUUCUUCGCCUUUUAUCACAAACAAUAAAUAAAUGGUCACCGAGCCUACAAAUAUUUAUCACGAGCAGACCGGAGCAGCAAAUUCGAUCUGGAUUUACGGAUGUACCUGAAGGCGUACGUGAGAAUAUAGAGCUUCAUGAAAUACCUCAGCCUAUCAUUAAAUACAGAUUUGCGCAAAUCCAGGAGAAGUAUACGAAAGAUGGCCGGUCACUUCCUUUUAACUGGCCUGGCCUAGAGUCGAUGUCAGUGUUGGUUGAAAUGGCUGUUCCGCUCUUCAUUUUUGCUGCUACCCUGUGCCGAUUUGUGGAAGAUCCAGCGUGGUCGGACCCGAAAGGCCAGCUGAAAAAGGUUCUUGAAUAUCGAAAAGGUCACUCCGAGAUGGAUACGCUGGAUGCCACUUACUCUCCAAUUCUACAUCAGCUGAUCCAUGGACAGUCAAAAAGGGCACAAAGAUUACUGAUGGAGAGAUUCCGAACCAUUGUAGGCACAAUUUUUCACCUGGCUGAGCCGCUUUCACUGUCAUCUCUGGCCUCGUUACUUGACAUCGACAGCGAACAGAUUAAGGGGCAGCUCUCAUCUCUUCACUCUGUACUGAGUGUGCCAUCCUCUGUGGACUCUCCGAUAAGGAUGUUGCACGUCUCAUUCCGUGAUUUCCUCGUCGAUCCUGACAAACGUCACGCAAACUCAUUCUGGGUGGAUGAGACGGAAGCUCACAAGAUAAUCACGGCCAAAUGCCUUGAACGAAUGUCCCAACCAGGGUGUCUUCAGGAAAAUAUAUGCAAUCUGCGGAAUCACGGAACGUUGCGAGCUGAGAUCGAUGGAAGAAAUGAUACAGAUAUGGAAAUUUCCGGAUUUCUUAUUGACGCAAUGCGCUUUAUCCGAAAACACAUCUCUAUAAUUGACUGUGCACCUCUUCAACUUUAUUCAUCUGCGCUUAUUUUCAGCCCUAUAACAAGUAAGAUUAGGAAUAUUCAUAUCAAUAAACUUCAUUAUUGGAUUCAAAAAUUUCCCGAAGUCGAAUCAGCUUGGAGUGCAGAGUUGCAGACCCUUGAAGGCGACUCUGGUCCGGUUUACGCAGUGGCGUUCUCACCAAACGGUAGACUUCUGGCCUCCAGCUCCAACGACAAGACAGUUAAACUGUGGGAUGCAGCUACUAAAAGCCUACAGCAGACCCUUGAAGGCCACUCUGAUUCGGUUGGUGCAGUGACGUUCUCACCAGACGGUAGACUAGUGGCCUCCUGCUCUGAUGACAAAACAAUCAAGCUGUGGGAUGCAGAUACUGGGAGCCUGCAGCAGACCCUUGAAGGCCACUCAGAUUGGAUUCGUGCAGUGGCGUUCUCACCAGAUGGUAGACUAGUGGCCUCCGGCUCCAGGGACAAGACAGUCAAGCUGUGGGAUCCAACUACCGGAAGCCUACAGCAGACCCUUGAUGACCGCCCUGUUUGGGCCCGCGCAGCGAUGUUCUCGCCAGAAGGUUAUAACAGCAUACUAGUGAAGAACGAUGAGUGGGUGACUCGAAAUGAUGCUAAUAUUAUUUGGUUGCCUGCAGAGUAUCGAACAACACGUUCUACCACCUAUGAGAGCAUGCUUGCUAUGGGACAUGCUUCAGGUCGAGUUACUUUUUGA